UUUUUUUUUCUUUGCAAACAUUUUUUGGGGGGCGACUUUUUGUCAUCGCGCUGCAACUGGCUGUAGUUGUUUCCACUCAAAUCUGAAGACUAUUUGCGGUGAGGUUUAGCGGUAAGCCGGUUGUUCCUAGCUAGCGUGCUCGAUAUAGCCUGCUAGCUAAUACCCUGCGUAUUUAGCCUGGAAGCCAGUUCAAGGCCUCAGUCCAGCGCCACCACCAGCUGCCACUGCCGCCACCAAAGUAUUUGCAUUGCCCCGCAGUGAGAGGUGACAGCUUACUUGGUGACGCAGAGACUUCUCCCUGAGGAGCCAAGAAGCAGACGGCUCAUGACUUCUGACCAGGACACGAAAGUUGUAGCUGAACCACAGGUGCAGCAAGUACAAGAGGCAAAAGAGAACUCUCAUUUGGAAUCCGCCAAGGUUUCAGACCUCAACCCCAAUGCGAAAGCAUGGGCCAACCACAUGUUUAGCCUGGACCCCAGCGGGAGUGCAGACACCACAACUGCUGCCCUGCAGCCAUGGAAGGAAGGCUGCGAUAGUUCGGCCGACCCCGGCCCAGAAGGCUAUGAAGCCAGUGAAGACAAGGCUUACAAGGAGCCCCUACUAACCGACCCAGAUGAGCCUCCACCGGUACCAGUAAUGCUGGCCGAGCCGGCCCCCGUGGCCUCUGUCGCCCUGGAGUGCGCCGAGCCAGCCUAUACAGAAUACCCGGAGCCUGGGCAGCCUGGGCACACAGGCAGUGAUCCCCAGCCUGAGAAUCCCCAGGAGGGCUUGAGGGAGCACCUGAAGAAGACCCUGGAGUUCUGUCUUUCUCGGGAGAAUCUGGCCAGUGACAUGUACCUCAUCUCCCAGAUGGACAGUGACCAAUACGUGCCAAUUGUGACAGUUGCCAACCUGGACCAUGUCAAAAAGCUCAGCACUGACGUGGAGCUGAUCGUGGACAUUUUACGAUCUCUGCCAUUGGUCCAGGUGGAUGAGAAGGGGGAGAAGGUGCGACCCAAUCAGAACCGCUGCAUCGUGAUCCUCAGAGAGGUUCCUGAGAGCACGCCCAUAGAGGAGGUCGAGGCUCUUUUUAAAGGGGACAACUUACCCAAGUUCAUCAACUGUGAAUUUGCCUACAACGACAACUGGUUCAUCACCUUUGAAUCAGAAGCAGAUGCACAGCAGGCAUAUCAGUAUCUGCGUGAGGAGGUGAAGACCUUCCAAGGGAAGCCAAUUAAGGCGAGGAUAAAGGCGAAGGCAAUCGCUAUCAACACUUUCAUGCCAAAGAACGGUUACCGGCCAGUGGAGGUGAACCCAUACGCCCAGCAGCGCUACACGUCCUACUACAUCCCGCCGGUUUACAGCCCCCAGCAGCAGUUCCCCUUAUACAGCCUCAUCACGCCACAGGCCUGGUCGGCCACACACAGCUUCAUCGACCCCACACUGGUUGCCCCAUUUCACAACAACCAAUUCAUCAACGGAUUUACCACAUCACACAGUUUCAAACCAGCGACGUCGCCCCUCACUGUCAGACACUACUCGCCCAGGAACAGGAAUCACAGUAAACCUCACUUGAGGCCAACCAUCCCCACAGCGGACCGCAGUACGGGGCUCCUGGACAGCCCGGGCCUCUUCCCCAGCUUCCCCAGCGAGAGGCUCAACGGGGUUCGCAGCAGCCCGCCGACACGACUCCCCACCAGCCAGCCCAGAACUAGGUUACCCUCCACCGCGGCCUUCCCUCGUAGGGACACCGUCGGCACGGGGCGAGUGACUGAGCCCACAACCACCGACUACUCCCUGGGCGUCGGUCGAGGAAGGAAAAAGAGGGACGAAAAGUUUACAAGAGUGACACCUCAGUCGCCGCCGCCUCCUCCCAAACCCCCGUCUCCGAGCUUCGAGCUGGGCCUCUCCAGCUUCCCCCCCCUACCCGGAGCAGCUGGCCAGCUCAAGACUGACGACGUGUUCGACAACCGGCUGGCCAGCAGUGUAGUUGUUGGAACCACUAAGGAACGGAAUGUAAGUGCUGAGUCCAGUACUGGAGGAGCUCUCUCUCCGGCAGGCCCCAAAGAGCCACUUCGGUCCUCCUCCUCCCCGAUGCCUACAAGCUUCCAGCCCUCGCCGACCACCCCAACUCCGGCUUCAGCCCCCACACUGACCCCAGCCGCCGGCCCACCACACAGUCCCGCUCCCUCCCUGCCAGCAGCGGAGGUGAAGGUGGCGGAGGUGAAGCCAAAGGAGGUGCAGUUGUCCGUGGAGCGAGUCCCUGGCACUCUCUCCACUGCAAGCAAAUCGGUGCAAGUCAACGGUGCUGCCACAGAGCUGAGGAAGCCCUCCUAUGCUGAGAUCUGCCAGCGGGUGAAGGACGCCCCGACAUUACAGCAACCGCCGACCCCCAAGGAAGCCAAGCCAGCCUGCGCUGCCCCCUCCGCAGGCGAGGAGAGGAAGUGCCCCGAUGCCCCCGCCCCAGCAGCGGAGGCCAAAGCCAGAGAGACAUACCCCCCCUCCUCCAAACCCGGCUCGGCGGCCGUCACUCCGGGCAGACCCCCGAGGGAGGCCAGAAGGCCGGGCGGGCGGUGGGCCUCCCCGCCCCCACACCCAGGGAAAACCCAGAGCAAAGAUCCCCAUCACACCCCGCCCAAGUCCCCACAGUAG